AUGUCUCUUCUGGGCUAUCCUGGACUUUGCAGAGCUACCUCCCAUAGAAACCACUGCUACAUCCCCGUGACACCUUCCAUCACCAUCUGCUCCAAUGAUGUAAACCCGGCCUUCAGACAUUACGUACCCAGCAGCUGCCAAGGCAAUCUCUGGCUUUUGGAUCAUUGCCAGGACUCCUACUGUGAAGCACCUUGCCGCGAAGCUCCCAGCCAUGAGCCCAAGACUUGCUCUCCAGCUGGUGAUCCCUCGGACUCCUGUGUGCCUUGCAAUUCCCCAUCUGCAAAUCAAGUCGUGAGUGCCUGCGAAACUACCAACCUCAGAUCCAGACCCAGCUGCAAUCCCUGUACCGGGACCAAAGGGUAUGUAUCCAAUUGUACCACAGCUACUCGACUUGCAUCUAAAGCCUGCCAAACUCCUCAACAUGGCUCCUGCUUCAUAGGGCAAUUUAAUUCCUUCCCUACGAAUCUCCAAACACCACGUUACUGUGGUCUGGGCAACAGUGGAUAUAGAAGCUAUGGAAAUUUUGGAUUCAUCACCAAUGGCUUCUCCCCAUCUUGCUACAUUACCAAUAGCUACCAACCCUCAAAUAACCUAAUGAGAUAUUGCCAGUAUUCAAAUUAUGGGCCUUCAAGCUUCCCAUCACGGGGCUACUUAUGUAGAAAUUUUCAGUCUCUGAGCUACAUACAUAGUGCAUUUCCACCUUUGAGAUAUUUAUGCAGCAAUAGAAGACCUCUGAAUUGCUACUGA